AUGGACGUGAAUGAUGAGAAGUUUAAUGACAUGUUGAUUCAAAAUAAGGAGCUAGGAAACCGACUUUCUAAAUUGGCUAGUGACUUUAAAGAAUUUAAGAAUUCUUCUUCUUCUUUGACUUCAUUGAACUUAAAUUCUAAGAAUCCUAUGGAUGCAAUUGUUACUAGGAGUGGUAGGGUCCUUGAGAGUGGAGUACCUAAGAAGAGUGAUGCUAGAGAGAGUACUAGCAAUAGCCCUAUUGAGAUUGAGGGAGAUGAGGGUCCCAUAAUUGAGAAAAUUGAGGAGGAACAAGUAGAAAGAGUGAAAGAGAAAGAGAAAGAACUUUACAAGCCCAAUCUCCCUUAUCCCCAAAAGUAUAUUAGGCCCAAAUUGGAUGAGAAAUUUGGAAAAUUCAUAGAGAUGCUUAAGCAACUUCAUCUUACUCUUCCUUUCAUAGAUGUGGUAGAACAAAUGCCAAACUAUGCUAAGUUCCUUAAGGAAAUUUUGAGUGGAAAGGAAAUUUUGAGUGGAAUGAGGACAUGUGAUAUGGCGAAGACGGUUAUCUUAACUGAGAAUUGUAGUGAGAUCCUAAUGAAUAAGAUGCCACCUAAGUUGAAGGAUCCCGGAAAUUUCUCUAUCCCUUGUGCUAUUAAUAAGAUGCAAUUUGGUAAUGCCUUAUGUGAUUUAGGAGCUAGUGUUAGCCUUAUGCCAUAUUCGGUCUAUCAAAGACUAGAGCUAGGGGAACUUUUACCUUCCAAGAUUACAUUGCAAUUAGCCGAUAGGUCGAUCAAGAUCCAAAAGGUAAGAUAA